AUGGAUAGGCUGGGUAGCUUACCAAGAGUUCAGACGUUAUCAGAGAGUGGGAUAGAAUCGGUUCCCCUCCAAUAUGUGAGAGCUGAUCUUGAGAAGUCCAAGCCCUAUGACACGCAUGUUCCUCUCAUUGACUUGCACAGCUUGGGUGUCCCGCAUCUAAAAGAGGAGACCAUUGCAGCAAUCUCUAGCGCUGCACAAAACUGGGGUUUCUUUCAGAUCGUCAAUCAUGGAAUCCCACUACCUCUUACUUCUCGUAUGCAAGCCAUGGGCAAAGCAUUUUUCGAUCUUCCGCUUGAAGAAAAGGAGCUGUAUAAAAAUGAAGAAGCUGGGAGCCCAAUUGGCUAUGGAAGCAAGCUAGGAUACUCCCCAGAUGCUAAAUUGGACUGGGGGGAUUAUUAUUACAAUGUUAUCUUGCCUCCUCACAGGAGAAACAUGUCUAAAUGGCCCAAACAGCUUUCUGAUUUCACGGAGGUUAUGGAUGAAUAUUCCAGAGAGAUAUACAAAUUGUCAGAAUUGCUCAUGCAGGCACUGUCCACAGGUUUGGGAUUGAAAGAUGAAAAUUCAUUGAACGAGGCAAUGGGUGGAGACAAGAAAGAAAUCCACAGCAGAAUUAAUUAUUAUCCACCAUGUCCUCAGCCAGAAUUGGUACUAGGCCUUUCUCCUCACUCUGAUCCCAACGUUGUUACAUUUCUUCUCCAUGAUGAAACCCCGGGCCUGCAAAUUCGCAAGGAUGGAAAUUGGGUUGAUGUUCAAAGUGUCCCUGGCGCCCUCAUUGUUAAUAUUGGUGAUGCAAUGGAGAUAAUAAGCAAUGGAAAAUACAAGAGCAUUGAGCAUAGGAGUUUAGUUCACAAGGAAAGGGCAAGGAUGUCAUGGGCUCUCUUUUGUUGCCCACAUGAUGAAGUGAAUCUUUCGCCUCUUCCAGCACUGAUCGAGAAAGACCAUCCUCCUGUGUACCAAGGUUCGUCUUGGAAAGAGUAUAUGCAAAGAUUUUUCAUCAAAGGACUGGAUGGAAAGGGCCAGCGGAUAACAGUUCACUUGGACUUGCAUGAUAAGGAGAAGCAUGAAGGAAUUUCAGGGGAAAGGAGAUCGGAUCGCCUCCUUGCCAAAGACAAGAAAGAGAAAAUUGAAACCAAAGAGGCAUCCCCUAAACUAGUGGAUGUUUUUACCUCUGUUGAUGAUGAUGGCUCCUUUAGUGAGGGCUUUGAGGAUGAGAAAUUUCAGGUGGAAGGAGACGAACAAGGGGAUGAUAGUAAAGAGGAUUUGUAG